AUGGCUGGAGCCCGACUCCUUGGUGCUCUCUUGACCUAUGCCUUCGGGUUCGACGUGGAUGGCUUCGAAGGGCGGGACCUGGUUCAGGCCGAUGUGACUGGCACUGUCUCGAACGUCACAAUCGAGCCCUUCACUUUUGGCGGCUGCUUCUCCGCUGACCUGUCUGCUGGUGCACUUGGCUUCAACUACACUACUUCAAUAGCCUCAUCGCCCUCUGACUGUGCCGUGGUUUGUGCAGCUCACGAGGCCUUCCUCGUUGGGCAGGGUGCCUGCUAUUGCGUAGAGCCCUCCACCUUCGCGCUGGGCGCCUGGCAGCAGCUGGAGGAAGUGAGCUGCGAUGCGCCUUGCGAUCGCUGGAGCUCCCUGGACUUCGGCAGCCUCACGGCAUACUUCCAGACCUUGCCCGGCUUCUGUGGGAGCAGCACCGAAGGCAUCUUCAGCUAUUAUGAGACUUGGACCGCGGUCAGCGCUGUUGGUCAAGGAGUUCUCGAUCGCGCCCGUGCGCUGUGGUGGCAGGUAGUCAUGGUGCAGUCCCUGAUGUCAAGCUCAGAGCACCGGGACCUGUUCCAGGAGGGCACCUGGCUGUGGCGCCUCCACGCGAGCUCGGCCAGCACCGGUCGUGCUGCCUUCCCAUUGCACCGGGAUUUGGAUGAGUCCAUCCUGGGCCUGCUGAUGGAUGAGGAGCCGGCGAUGCCGAUGAUCAUGGGCACAUCCUACACGGGCAGCUUGUAUGCAGUGCCUGCCGGGACCAGGAGUCCUGCCCAGCUGGUGGUGGCCGGCGCCAGCUUCCCAGGGCACACGGUGGAUGGCACUUCUGUGCAGCCCGGCGCCGCGCCAGUGGCCUCCUUCGACCAAAACAGGCGCACCUUGUUCGCUGCGCAGCCCAUCGGCUUCGGGAACUCGAGUCUUUAUGCGCUAGAGCUGGAUGCCCCCAACGAGUUGGCCUACCGCCACCUGCGCUUCAUCCCCUUCUGCAACUCUUCCUGGUGUGCCGUAAAUGAGCUUCGCUUCCGGUACCAGGAAUUGGAGAUUGACAUGUCUUCGACGCUGACCUACUUUAUGCACGACCUCACUGAUCCUUUGCUUCGACAUGGCGCUAUUCUCAUUGACUUUCCGGCGGCCGUUUUCAUUGAUGAGUUUUCCUUCUCCAUGCCGUACAACACGACAGCGAGCGCCCCAACUCGCUGGAUCUUGCAGGGCAGCAAUGACAGGGUGCGGCGCUGCAGUCUGACAGGAGCGCCGAGCUACCAGGCGAUGAAGGAUGGCACCUACGUCCAGAUGGCCGGGGAGACCUUUCAGGGCCGCACAGUGUACCGGGACGCCGCAGGAGCCAUUAUCUACUGGGACCAGGCCACCCUUAGCUGGUGGGUGAGCCCUCGCAUCCACGAAGGCGGGUACGGAGCCAUCCGCUGUGUUGGGGAUGCGGCGGAUCCGCAUUUGCUAAGCCCGGCUUCCUGCGUAGCAUGGAACGGGCAGCUCUGGGACAUUGCGCCUAAUGUGUCCUUCAGCUGCCGCGGCAACGAGUGGGUGGUUCUUCAUCAGCAAAGCAGGCCUUACCCGUUGCCAGACGUGCCUUCCGCUCCCUUGCGGUGGUUCAAGGUCUCGCGCGUGGGGGUGGACUGGACACUGCUCAUCGAGGACAUCCCGGGCUUGGUCGGACAGCUGCUCUCCGACUUGGACGAUGGCUACGUCGCUGCCGGCGUUACAGUAGGUGGCGAGAGCAUGCUCAAGACGCUGGGCCAGAUCGGCGGCGACAAGAGCCAGGAUCGCUGCAGCGUGUCCUUACGGGUGAACCUCAGCUUCGUGGAGGGAUCGGACCCUGGGCACGCCGUGGACUGCGCGGCCACAGCCUACGGCAUCGGGGGCUGGCUUUGGCCAGACUCCCAGGGAUCUGGGAAGCUUUGGCUGACCUGUGCCAACGACACCGAGUUUCAAGCUGACAACUGGGUGCAGCGCUACGCCGAAGCCACCGCCGAUGCAGACUUUUCCUUCUCCGGUGGCCUUGAGAAAUCUCCGGACGCGCAUGUGCUGAAGGCGCAGCUGGUGCGGAUUCUGGAGCUGGCAGUGGCGCCCACGCUCUUGUCCGGGCUCUCGCUGUCGGGCCCCGUGAACUACUUUGUGUGCCCCACGGGCACCAACUGCACCUUCAGCCCGGACCUGGAGGUCCGCAUCAUCAAGGGGGGCGCCAGUUGCGGGUGCGGAGAGCAGGUGCUGACCAUCGAGACCCACGGCUUCUACAAGGCCUGCUACUGCCUCACGGAGCUGAUGGUAGCGGCGGCGGGCUCCUGCAGUGCGGACGCAGACUUCACCUCGCUGGCGGGGAUUGUGCUGGGGGCCGGCCCGGAGCCGGCGCGCCUGGCCAGGAUGGAGAUGGCUCUGGGCAGCUCCUGGCAGCCAGGAAUUACCGGCUUCACCUCCCACACUUCCAUCUACCAAGGCAUGCUGCAGUAUGCCCUGGGCGCUGACCUCUCCGUGUCCUUCCCCUCCUUGGUGGCCAUUACCAAUGCCUCGGAGCCCGUUUGCGGCUUCAACCCCAGCGCCUGUGACCUCGUGGGCGAAGUCUUCUGCGCCCUUGGGGAGCCGUGCUUGGCACGGCUCAACGGCACAUCCAUGCGGAGCUUCAAUGGCCUGGCGGUGGUGCGGAAGGACGACACCUGUUCCUUUGCGCUCGAGCACCUGGCGGCCUUCGAAGGGCUGAGCAACCCCAAGGUGGGCUGCAGUCGCAGCGACGGGCACAAGGCCAGCUACCGGCCGGUGCAUACCUGGGAUUUGGGCCAGCCAACGAGAGGGGCGACAGAUGUGGGAGUGGACGAGCCCGGGCCAGGUGUCUACAGGCUCUGCUGGAGCUACGAUCCAACCAACAGCACGCCGGGCGAGGAGUAUCCGUUGGACGCCGGCUAUCUCAUGAUGUUGGGACCUUUGGCCAUGGACUUCGAGUGCUUUCUGAACUUCCCCUGCGUCAUCAACAUCAGUGGCAUCGGCUUGGCCGCCAGCAACAAGGUUCUGCUCGUUGAAAGCUCGGCGGGACGAUGCGGGGACUCCAACCUGCCUGCCUUGGAUGGUCGGUGGAAUUUCAGCAAUCCAGCCGCCGCUGGCCAGGAUCUAUUUGGGAGCUACAACCUGUACUCCUUCGGCUUGGCCAAGGGCAAGUCUGGCGCGUCCCAUAGGAUCUGCUGGGCUCAUGAUCCGACUGGCUCCGAAUCUUCCGACUUCAAGGUGGAGAUCGACCCCGACUUCUUGUGGAUACGGCUUACUGCGAUCGUGGACUGCGUUCCUGGUCGCACUUGCAGCGUCGCUGUGCUGGGCAGCGGCAUUUUGCCUUCCAGCCAGGUGCUGAUCAUCGCAAACUCCGGGCGCUGCGGCAGCGCCAGCGCCCUCGAGAUCCCGGGCCUCGCGAACCCCGCGUCCCCCGCGUCCACCAACGGCACCUCCGGAAUGUACGUCUUUGGUUCCGCCGCCUCCACUCCGCUCGGGUUCCGGAUCUGCUGGGGCUCCGCGCCCAGCGGAGAGGCCGCGGGCUUCCCCGUGGAGUUGCAGUAUCCCAUGUACUACGAGGCCACGGUCUUUGCGACCCAAGUGGGCGCAGUAAAUCUUGCGCUGAUGGACAGUGAGAGGGGCGGCAGGCACCGGGCAUUGGCGCUCUUCGCGGAUCCUUCGGAGACGCCAAGCACCAGCAACGCUUUGAUGACGGGCUCUCCCGCGCACUGGGCGGACUUCGGCACCUCCGCGGGGCAUGCCGCGGGGGCGGUGCUGCACAUCGACGGCGCGGACCGGGCGCUGCCGGCGGUGGGAGACCUGGCGUGGAAUGUCCUCACUUGA